UAGUAGAAUGAAUUUGCAUCCACGUCGCCACAUGCUUUCAUUCUCUCCUCGAGCAUCCACUUUUAGCUACCUUCCAUCCCACUUCAACACUCUCUGUCUCUCUCUUCCUCCUCCUCUAUAUAUACUGAAUCCAUCACUCUCACAAAUAGAUUGUAGCAAGAUGCUGAGUGUGGCAUUACUAUGGUUGGUCUUCUUCAAUGGCAUUUCUGCCCUCGAAAAUGGGUUGGCUCGAACUCCUCAGAUGGGAUGGAAUAGCUGGAAUCAUUUUCAAUGUAACAUUGAAGAAAAGUUGAUUAGGGAAACAGGUCUGCACAUCACAUGCAAAUAUGCAGAUAUGCUCACUUUUUUCAAUCUCACGAUUUUAUUAUUAUUAUUAUUAUUAUUAUUAUUAUUAUUAUUAUUAUUAUUAUUUUCUGCAACAGCUGAUGCAAUGGUAUCAACUGGGCUUGCUGCGCUUGGCUACAAGUAUAUAAAUCUGGAUGAUUGCUGGGCUGAACAAAACAGAGAUGCUCAGGGGAAUUUAGUUGCAAAAGCUUCAAAAUUUCCUUCUGGAAUUAAAGCGCUGGCAGAUUAUGUUCAUGGGAAGGGAUUAAAACUUGGGAUUUACUCUGACGCUGGAACUCAGACAUGCAGCAAGCAAAUGCCUGGAUCAUUAGGAUAUGAAGAACAUGAUGCAAAAACUUUUGCCUCAUGGGGAGUUGAUUACUUGAAGUACGACAACUGUAACAACAACGGUAUCAGCCCUAAGGAAAGGUAUCCUGUGAUGGCAAAGGCUUUACUGAAUUCUGGGAGGAAAAUCUUUUACUCAAUGUGUGAAUGGGGGCAAGAAGAUCCUGCAACUUGGGCCAAGUCUAUUGGGAACAGUUGGAGAACAACGGGGGACAUUCAGGAUAACUGGAACAGUAUGACUUCACUGGCAGACCAGAAUGACCGGUGGGCAGCGUAUGCAGGGCCGGGCGGAUGGAAUGACCCUGACAUGCUGGAAGUUGGAAAUGGUGGGAUGAGUAACCAAGAAUAUCGGUCACAUUUCAGCAUAUGGGCAUUGAUCAAAGCUCCUCUGUUGAUUGGGUGUGACAUCCGGUCGAUGGACAAAGCGACACUGGAAAUUCUAAGCAAUAAGGAGGUGAUUGCUGUGAACCAGGAUAAACUUGGCAUUCAAGGGAAAAAGUUGAAGAAAGAUGGAGACUUGGAGGUGUGGGGAGGAGCCCUGAGCAGAAACAGAGUAGCUGUUGCUUUGUGGAACAGAGGAUCUUCAGAAGCCACUAUCAGCGCUUACUGGUCUGAUUUAGGCCUUAAUUCUACUGCAGUCGUCAAUGCAAGAGACUUGUGGGCACAUUCAACCCUACGAUCCCUCAAAGGACAAAUCUCGGCUUCUGUAGUUUCGCAUGACUGUAAAAUGUAUAUUCUGUCUCCCAUUUGAGGAGGCUGUACUCAUAGUCAUCAUCAUUUAUCAGACACACCAACAUUCCAUCACUA